AUGGGUAGCUGCGUCUCGGUGAACGACGGCGGCGGCGGCGAAGAAGCCGCCGUGUCGGGGUCGGUGAACGAGGAGCCGAGGGUGACCGGCGUGCACCAGUUCACGAUCCGGCAGUACAGCACGAUCAAGGGCAAAGGCGUCGGCAAGUCCGUCCUCUCCCGGAACUUCACCGUCGCCGGCCGCUCCUGGUUCAUCCGGUUCUACCCCGACGGCUACAACGGCACCACGGCGGACCACGUCGCCUUCUUCCUCCAGUCGUUGCACAGGCCGCGGUUCGGCUCCGCGUACAACGUCGAGUUCUCCUUCACGCUGCUCAACCCCAACAUCGUCGCCGACGCCGACGCCGGCGGUGCCGUCGUCCACAACGUGCGGUGCGAGCAUCCCUGCAGGUUCGACAACCACCACAGCUCGUGGGGCAUCCGCAAGUACAUCACCCGGGAGCAGCUGGAGGGAGCCGCCCUGGGCGCCAUCCACGACGACUCCCUGACGGUGCGCUGCACCGUGCACGUCAUACAGCGGCGGAGGAGCCGCCGCGCCGGCCCCCGCCCCGCCGCCCGCGUCGGCAUCCAGGUGCCGCCGUCGUGCCACGCCAAGAACGCCAUGCACUUCCUCCUCAGCGGCGACGCGCCCUUCGACCUGGAAAUCCACGUCGGCGACACGACCUUCAGAGCGCACAGGCUGGUGCUCGCCGGCCAGUCGCCCUACUUCCGGACGCUCCUCUACGGCGGGGGGAGCGAGGCGAGCUCGCCGCGCAUCACCAUCCAUGAGAGGAGCCCCGAGGCGUUCGGCGCCGUCCUCCACUACAUCUACCACGACAGCCUGCCCAAGGAGGCGACCAAGCGGCAGGGCAGGAACGCGGCCGCCAUGGCGAGGGAGCUGUUCGAGGCCGCCGACAUGUACGCCAUGGAGAGGCUGAAGCUGAUCUGCGCGAACACCCUGAGCCGCUUCGUCAACGACGACACCGCGAGCAGCAUCAUGGAGCUGGGAAGAGUGCACUCCUGCGACGCGCUCACGAAAACGUGCCAAAAUUACAUGAUCCGCAGAAGGAUUUCAACCAUUACUCCACUAGCUUGCUAG